ACUACGGAAAGUACUAGACGAGAGAACUGAAAAUUUUAAAGCACUAGAGGAAGAAAAACUGAGAAUUUCGAAUGAAAAAGCAGAAAAAGAAAAGGAACUUUCCAAUUUGAUAGAAACUUUGAGUCAUAAAGAAAAGCGAAUAGAUGAAUUAGAGACAAAACUGAAAUCUCCAGACAACAGUAAUAAGGUUGAGGCAGACGGCUUACUCCGGGAGAAAAUGGAUGAAAUCAACAGACUGAAGACUGAACUUCAAGAAGUUAAAACAGCAAAAGAGAUGAUCAAACGAGAGAAGGAAAAGUUAGAGUUCACUUGUCAUGAUGCAUUUGAUAAACUAGAAAAGAAAGAAAAAACAAUGAAACAACAACAGGAAGAGCACAAUAAACUAAUUCUUAGGAAAGAUGAAACAAUACAGAAACUUCGAAGAGAAAAGACAAUGGUAGAUCCAACUGCAGGCGGCAAAGCAAAUAUAGAAACAAAAAGUUUGGUAGACAAGUAUGAAAAGACAGAAAAAGAACUGAAAAACGCCAAGUAUGAAAUUGAUGAGCUAAAACAAAGGCUCAACAAAGUUGGCGGUGCUAAUAUUAUGAGUGGCAAUCCAAAUGUUACUGACCUAAGUGAUGACCAUCGACCGUCAAAAUUGUCUGAGAAAUUUUCCGAGCUUUACGAGAAUGAAUGGACUAAUGCAUAUGAAGAAGUGGAAAAGGAAUGUAAAACAGAAGAGAAGAGUAUCGGCUAUCUAUAUAAGACAUUAGGGGAUAUUUUUGAUUUCUGUAGGACUAUUGCAGAUGAACAUGGAAAGAGUAUUCAAGCAUGUUUGCUUACUAUCCCGUAUGCGGCAAACGGUAGACCUAAAUCAGCAAAGCUUGGUGUUACCAGCCUUCGUCAGCUGAAAGAACUGAGAAAAAUUGUUGCACCGUAUCUUGUUGGCAGCGUUUUUCAGCAUUUUGUCGACACAAUGCAAAUAAAUCUGACAGGAAAGAAGAAAACAGAGAAUUUCAUCAAAGGCUGUGUAGAAAUAUGUUGGUUAAUGAAUUCACUGGAUCCGCCAGUCAUUCUCGAUACUGUCAACGGAAAAGGAAACAAAUUUGACGGUGAUAAAUUCAGGACAUACACUAAAACUGGUCAACUAAUUGAUUAUGUAGUAUGGCCACCAGUGCUGUUACAUAAAGAUGGACCAUUGUUGUGUAAAGGUGUUGCUCAAGGGAGAUGAUCAUAGUUGUUAUGCUAAUCAUUUGAUAUAAUAUCCCAAAUCAAAUUUCCAUGUUGCCAGUGCCCCCAAGUCAAAUAAUAAUACCAAAUUCAAAGUCAAACCAGAUACAAUUACAUUGUUAUUUGUCUCUUUAUGUAUAAUUAAUUACUUAAUAAAUG